CUGAUUUGGGUCGCGACGGGACCCGUUGCGGCGCGGGGGAAGAGGCGAUACGAAGGGACAGCACAGGGCACCUCUUGCCCCGCGCCACACGUUCCCUCUGAUGUCCCAUCCGUUCUUUUCAUCCAUUUGUCUGACCAGGUUUGUGUGAUCAUGGCUGCUUACGAUGAUGUUUGGGAUGAAUUCGACCUCUGGGAUCAAUGGGAGGAGCUGGAGGAGAUGGAUGCCCCAAGAGUUGUCGUCCGUAGACCUCGAAGGAUUGUCACAGAUCGGAUGAAUCCCUUCACGGCAAUGAGCGACAACGAGUUUGUUGAUCGUUUCAGAUUAAGAAAAAAUUCAAUGUAUGAUCUCAUUGAAGAAAUACGAGAACAUCUUCCUGCCCCAACUGACUCCAGAGGAUGUCCUGUCCCAGCACAUUUACAGACACUGAUAGCACUACGCUGCAUGAUGUCUGGGGAUCACCAGAUGACAUUAGGUGACUGCCAUGAUGUCUCCCAGACAACAGUUAGCCAGUGCUUGAAGGUGGUGUCACGAGCAGUGGCUAGUUUGAGCAGGCAUCACAUAAUGGCGCCUUCUGGGAAUGAUCGGCAGAGGACUGUUCAAGAGUUCUAUGCUAUCCAUGGCAUGCCUGGGGUUAUUGGUGCAAUAGACUGUACACACAUAGCUAUAGUGAGACCGUCUGUUGCAAAUCCUGAAGUGUUCCGAUGCAGGAAGGGUUACUUUUCAAUGAAUGUGCAAGCUGUGUGUGGUCCCGAUCUGCUUUUUCACAACGUUGUUGCUCGUUGGCCUGGGAGUGUACAUGACAGUAGAAUUCUGGACAACAGCAGACUUUGUGCACAGUUAGAAGAAACUUUGGAACCACAAUACCACCUGCUUGGAGAUGCUGGUUAUGCCCUAAAGAGGUAUCUCCUAACACCGGUAGCAGUUCCCACCAACGAUCAUGAGCGAGCCUACAACAGCAGUCACACCCAUACCAGGAAUACAGUGGAACGUGCAUUUGGUGUCUUAAAAAAAAGAUUUGCAUAUUUAGGAAAGAAAAUGAGGACUAGUUUAGAUACAACUAAAGCAAUCAUUGUUGCAGCAGUAGUCUUACAUAAUAUAGCUGUGAAAACUAGACUGGUCAUGCCACAAGAUGGAGCGGAACAUGCAAUAAUCAAUGUCAAUGCCCUUCAUAAUGGAGUUCCAGUAGACAGGCAGGGAAAUGCACAAGGCAGAUUGAAGCGUCAACAAAUCAUCAGGGAUUUUUUCUGAACAUCAUCCUCAUCAUUGACGACUGCUCCCAUCUCUUUCACAGCUUCCCCCCUCUUUCAAUAUCUUUCCUUUCUCAUUCAUUAUCUCAUUUAUUUUACUUGGGGAGAUGUGUUCUGAAUUUAUUCAUAUAUUACUACUUUCCAAUAUGAUUUUUUAUCCCCUUUAUAGUUUUCAGUUAGUCUUUCACCAAACUCUUUAUCAAAUCGCUUUUUCCUUUCUUUUAAUGUUAUGGUUACUUCCAUAUUGCAUUCUCUUUAUUUUUUUGUUCUUUCCCUUUUUACUUGCGCCUCCAUAUUAUUUUCUUGAGAUUUCUAAUAAAGUUCCCUUUCCUCUUU